AUGGUAUCGGACUGGCAAACAGAUCCUGUUAUUCAGCGAUCCAUUGGUAAACUGUUUGCUCCCCGUCAGCCGAAUGAAGAUCAGGCUACGUUUGAUGGUAGGGUGGCGGCCGUACAACGGCUGAUCAACCCUCCCAGUCAGCCAACACCCCGAAAUCGACAGCGUGACCAGAGCCAGCAUAGAGUGCGGCCCGACGAAUUCACUGUCGAUUACGACGCUGCUCAGAAUGGACGGAACGUAGGAUCGAGCCCCGACCACAUUCGUCCCCUGAAGCUGGAGGGAGUAACUCCAGAAGUGCCCUCCUCGACGCAAACACUUACGUCGAACCAAAAUAGUCGCAAUGUGACAAGAGAGGCUAGUCAGGCCAGUGUCCACUCGACCUCCUCUCAGGACGUGAACAUUCGUCGAACCGUUGCGACGAGGGGCUACUCUAAUGAGCCUCAUGCCAUCGGGACUGUGGCCCACGGAAACGAGAUUGAUGGCAGUACAAUUCGCCUCGAUCAAACUAAGGACGUACGGCAAAGUAAUAUGUCUCAGCCCACUGCACUAGUACCGUACAUGCGUGCUGCGCGAGGUGCCAAUGGCGGCAAUCCAGGCGGCGACCCCUCCGACGAUGAUGACAAUCGUCGCGGACGAGGUAAUGAUGACCGUCGAGACCGUCCUCCUCACCUACCUCCAGACAAUGGCCGUAGACCGCUUCCACCGGACCGUAGGCCUGUAGGACAACCUACAAGUGGCUCUGGUGGUGACGGCGGAGGCGGAGGCGGGGGAGGAGGCGGGGGAGGAGGCGGAGGGGGCCCAGAAGACUCCUAUAACUCCGGUCGACGUCAACGACGAGUCGCUGUGGUAGUACCUACAGGUGGUGCAGGGGGCGGAGGGGGCGGAGGAGAUCCACCCGGAGGAGGUGGAAACCCUCCUGGGGAUGAUCCCUCUGAUGACAAUGGAGAUAACGAUGACAAUCCCAGGAAUAUCGGGCGUCGUAAUUGGCAGCGAGCAGCUACUCCCGCGCACGAAUACGAAGACGAACUAGUAGAAAAGGCGUUGAUGACGAUACGUAGUGCGCGUCGAAGGGCUGCACCCUAUACUCCGGAGACACGAAACUUUAAGCCGGCCGCCAAAAGGUUAUAUGAUGGCAGGGCGGAUAUACGUUUCUUUGAAAAAUGGCUGUCAGACAUUUUGACAGACUUCGACCUCAUGGGCAUAGGGCGUGAUAACUAUGAUCGCCAGCACGUAUUACUCGUAUCUAAAUAUUUUGAAGGCGAUGCCGCCGAAUGGUUCUAUCAGGAAGUCCAGGAUUACAACCGAGAGAAAGACGAAUGGACGUUCCCUGAAGUCAUAGUGGGACUAAUCCGUCGCCACCUCUAUGUAGCCACUUCCAAGGAGGCUGACAACAUGUAUGAAAGGAUCACAUAUUCAAUGAAGCAUGGCAUUCGGCGCAUGGUCAAUGAACUCGAGUACUGGGGACGCAGACGAGCUGCCAAGCCCCAUGAGUAUGACAUGAAGAAACGUAUAUUUGACAGUAUUCCUGACUGGAUCCGCUAUGAUUGCUUAUACGUUCGACUGCUGACUCCCGAGGAGAGUCCAUUGACUACAGUAGUCGAGCACAUAGAGGCCCUGGAAAAAGCUAGCAAAUAUGAGAAGUCUACUUUCAAUACCAGCAGUGUGCAUCGAGGAUCUCGACCACCCGCACCUACUCGCCCCACUGCUCCCCAGCGAACGAAAUUGGCACAAGUCGUUCAGCCAACGAUCCAAUCCCCGAAUAUGUCGGGAACUGGGCAACAACAGCGGACGGGUGAUAAUGCACGAUGGUCUCGUCCUCAACGAGACUUCCAGCGUCCUCGACAACCAGCUCCCGCUGAGAACAGUCGCAUCAUUCCUCGUCGAACUAAUCCAGCUCCUCAACGACCUAAUCAGGAUCGUAAAGAUGCUCCACGAGGAGCGACUAGUGGCUCUACUCGUCAAGCGACGAGUACGGACUCAUGUUUCCGCUGUGGUCAGAAAGGACACUUCAGCAAGGAUUGCCCUACUCGACCAAAAGAGCGUAUGAGAGCCAUGGAUGACGAUCAGGGCGAAGACGUUGCAGAGACCGUCCAACCUGACAUAGAAGAUGAGUAUGGAGCACCGGAAGGUGAUGGGUUAGCUGAACCUCUCGAGGAGGAUGAGUACGACCUCUAUAAUCAGGGAUAUGAUG